AUGUUUUUUAACAAAUUCGUCAGAACCGCAUUUUUGUUUCGAGUUGCAAACAGUUGGAGUUUUAAUGAAAUGGCUUGCUCUGGCAAACAAUGCAGUGAACUCACAAGAAACAUAAGCUACCUUAGUCAAGACAAUGCAGUUGCUCUCGACCAAGACUUAUUUAACGAAUACAAAUUUAGUGUCGAUCAAUUAAUGGAGCUAGCUGGCUUAAGCGUAGCGACAGCAAUUAACAAAGCUUUUCCAACUAGUUCUUAUAAUACAGCAUUAAUUAUAUGUGGACCUGGAAACAAUGGAGGCGAUGGCUUAGUAGCAGCUCGUCAUAUGACAUUAUUUGGCUAUUCUGUCUCCAUAUAUUACCCAAAGCGCACACCUAAACCAUUAUAUGAAAAUUUGUUGUGGCAAUGUGAAAAUUUUGGUGUUAAAAUUGUAGAGACUCUCCCUCCACCAAAUGAAUUAAAGAAUCAGUAUAAAAUACUGGUGGAUGCACUUUUUGGAUUUAGUUUUAAGCCUCCUGUAAGAGAUGCACUUAAGCCGGCCUUAGAAGCUCUCACUGAAUCAGAACUUCCUGUGUGUAGUGUCGAUAUUCCAAGUGGAUGGGAUGUAGAAAAGGGUCCUGCCUCAAACAAUUCAUUGAAGCCAGCGUUACUGAUUUCCUUAACUGCCCCAAAACUUUGUUCAAAACCAGAGUUUAUUAAAAACGCUCGACAUUUUCUUGGGGGCCGAUUUGUUCCACCAGAAUUAACUACAAUGUUUGAGGCACGUCUUCUUAAGAGCUCCAUUUUGAAGAAAGUCCUAGAAGCCAUCAAAGAUCUACUAACACAAGCCACAUUUGACUGUGAUGACAAUGGAAUACAAUUGCAGGCCAUGGACAAUUCUCAUGUGGCAUUGGUGUCAUUAUCAUUGCGGGCUGAUGGCUUUGAUAAGUACAGAUGUGACAGAAAUAUAUCCAUGGGUAUGAAUCUCGGAAGUAUGUCAAAGAUUCUCAAGUGCGCUGGGGAUAAAGACACAGUAACAAUAAAAGCCCAAGACAAUGCAGACACGGUCACAUUUGUGUUUGAGAGCCCAAAUCAGGAGAAAGUUUCUGAUUAUGAAAUGAAGCUGAUGAACCUAGAUUUAGAGCAUUUAGGUAUCCCUGAGACUGAGUACAGCUGCACAAUUCGUUUGCCAAGUGCUGAAUUUGCUCGCAUGUGUCGAGAUCUCUCACAAUUCGGAGAGUCCAUUGUAAUAUCUUGUACCAAGGAAGGUGUAAAGUUCUCAGCGAGUGGUGACAUUGGUUCAGCUAACAUUAAACUGGCUCAAACAGCUUCCAUAGACAAGGAAGACGAAGCUGUGAUUAUAGAAAUGGAUGAGCCUGUCACCCUCACCUUUGCCUGCCAGUAUCUUAACUACUUCACUAAGGCUACAUCUCUUAGCCCACAGGUCCAACUAUCCAUGUCGGCAGAUGUACCUUUAGUAGUGGAGUACCGUAUACCAGAUAUCGGCCACAUUAGGUACUAUUUGGCACCCAAGAUCGAGGAAGACGACAACUAG